UCUCAGUCACGACUAAUCCAUACAAAAACAUGGAGCUGCUCUGUUUGUUCAUUCCGCUUUUUCUUUUACUCCUGACUGAACCCGAGUUUAGCCUCGCUGAUAAAGGAACAAGAUGGCAGAAAUAUAUCACUCAGAUUACUGAGACCACAAAAAACUACCAGCCAUGCAGCCAGGAGAACUGCAGCUGCCACAUCAGUGUCCUGAAGGAGGACCUGAAGCCAUUCAACAACGGCAUCACGAAAGAACUCAUGAUGGACACAGUGCGGCGUGGUGUGGGUACCCAUUACCAGAUCAUGAAUCGCAAACUAUACAGAGAACCGGAGUGCAUGUUUCCAGCAAGGUGCAGUGGAGUUGAGCAUUUUAUCCUAAAAGUGAUUGACAGGUUGCCGGAUAUGGAGAUGAUAAUCAACGUGCGUGACUAUCCUCAGGUGCCAUCAUGGGUUCAGCCUGUACUCCCCGUUUUCUCCUUCAGCAAGACAUCAGAUUAUCGGGACAUCAUGUACCCUGCCUGGACAUUUUGGGAAGGAGGACCUGCCGUUUGGCCCAUUUACCCCACUGGACUGGGUCGCUGGGACCUGAUGAGAGAAGACCUAAAAAAAGCAGCAGCACAGUGGCCUUGGAAAAAGAAAAGCCCCAAAGGGUUCUUCAGAGGCUCCAGGACCAGUCCAGAGAGAGAUCCAUUAAUCUUGCUCUCCAGAGAGGAUCCGGGUCUAGUGGAUGCGGAGUACACUAAGAAUCAGGCGUGGAAAUCUGAAAAGGACACUCUGGGUAGACCCCCAGCCAAGGAAAUUCCCCUGGUAGACCAUUGUGAAUACAAAUACCUUUUUAAUUUCCGCGGCGUAGCGGCAAGCUUUCGCUUCAAGCACCUGUUCCUCUGUGGCUCGCUGGUCUUCCACGUAGGAGAAGAAUGGCUGGAGUUUUUCUAUCCUCAGCUUAAGCCUUGGGUUCACUACAUCCCGGUGAAACAGGAUCUCUCUGAGCUCAGAGAGUUGCUGCAGUUUGUCAAGGAAAACGACAAAGUGGUAGAAGCCAUUGCGUUGAGAGGCCAGACGUUUAUCGAGGAUCACCUCCGUAUGGAGGACGUGUCCUGCUACUGGGAGACGCUCCUCACUGACUACAGCAAGCUGCUCGAGUACAAACCUAAACGUAAAUCCAGCUACAACCAGGUUACCCGUAAACCCGACAGGUCUGAACUUUGACCUGCAAGCGCAAAUAGUUAUAAAGUGUCCAGAAAAUGACUUCCUUGUUGUUUCUAGUUGACUUUGGCACUUGUUUCAAAAAAGGGGGGGGGGGAAUAAUGACUAGAAUGUAGCUUAGUUGUCCAAAAUUGGCUGAAAAGUGAGAAUAAAGUGCAUUAAGGGUUAAACAUUAAAACAUCUCUCAGUGCUUUACGUGGUGCUACUGUAGGAUGUAGUAAAGGCAGCUCUUUUCAACUAUUCUGUGCUUAGUGCUCUCGUAAUGCUCUUUCUGCAUUGUCAAUAGGACUAAUAUUAUCAGUGAAGCUUAAAACCACUUCUGGACAGGUGUUCUUUCCAUCUGUAUAUACUGAACUAUUGAAGGUAGACCAACUGAAGACAGGUACAUACUGCCCCCUUCUGGGUGGUAAUCAAAAUAAGAAGGAAAAAAAAGCAGACACAUGCAAGCAGUGUUCACUUAGUGUUUGUAGAUAUUUUCCUGCUGAAGUGCACUUCGUUAGAGUUCUCGUUAGCAUUAUAUCAUUUUUAUUAUCGAGCUGGAGUUAAAAUUCUAAAAUAAUUGCAUCUUAGCCCAAACCGAUCAUCUUCCUUUGUUGUACAGUACAUAUCCAUUUAACCACCAGCAAAUCAAGCUCUUCAACCAACAUGAAAGUGCCACUGUUCUAUGAAUGUGAAGGUUCUUUUGCCAUUAAGACCAUCCUAAGGAGCCACGUUGGCAUGACCGUGUUGAAUAUGUUCUAGUAUUCUCCAAGUUCAUCAGCAAUAAGUGUUCAUGUCUAGUGGGUUUACAUUGUGCUCCAUUUUGUUCGAAAUCCAGUGACUGUAAACAAUGAAAUGAAACGGAAUAUGCAGUUGAGUGUGGAGAUUUAAAACAUCUAAUAUUUUGCAUUAUUAGACGAAUAUGAAAACGUGUGGAGGUUUUUAAAAAGUCUAAUAUUUUGCAUUGUAUGUUUAUCCAUUUGCUUCUAAGACCAAAUAAAUAAUAUUUUUUAAAAGUUGCA